AUGGCCUACGAAACCAUGCCUGACGCGUUGACUCUUCAGGUCCUGCGGGACUUGGCCAAUCGCCUGCGCAUCCACUCCAUCAGGGCCACAUGCGCCUUGAGCUGCGGCCACCCCACAUCAUGCAGCAGUGCUGCUGAGAUCAUGUCCGUGCUGUUCUUCCACAUCAUGAGAUAUAAGCAGACGGACCCAGAGAACCCGAACAACGACCGCUUCAUCCUCUACAAGGGUCGUGCUCCUCCCAUCCUUGCCACCUGGAUAGAGGUGGACAGCAGCAGAUUUGACUUGCUGAGUGCGAGGAAAACUGAGUUGGGUUUGGAAGGACAUCCCACCCCUAGACUGCCAUUUGUUGACACGGCAACCAGCUUACUUGGACAAGGCCUGGGGGCCGCGUGCGGGAUGGCGUAUACUGGCAAGUACUUUGACAAGGCCAGCUACCGAGUGUUCUGCCUCGUGGGAGAUGGCGAGUCUUCGGAAGGCUGCGUUUGGGAGGCGUUGGCCUUCGCUUCCUAUUACAAUCUGGACAAUCUCGUGGCCAUCUUUGAUGUGAACCGCCUGGGCCACAGUGGCACCUUGCCUCUCGAGCUCUGCAUGGACAUAUAUCAGAAGCGCUGUGAAGCCUUUGGGUGGAAUACUUUCACGGCCGAUGGCCGCGACGUGGAGGCUCUGUGCCAGGUGUUCUGGCAAGCAACUCAAGUGAAGAACAAACCCACUGCUAUAGUUGCCAAGACCUUCAAGGGCCGGGGCGUUCCAAGUGUUGAAGAUGCAGAAAAUUGGCAUGGAAAGCCAAUGCCAAAAGAAAGAGCAGACGCAAUUAUCAAACUUAUCGAGAGCCAAAUACAGACCAACAUGAAUCUGGAACCAAAACCCCCUAUUGAAGAUGCACCUGAAGUCGACAUCACGAACAUUGAAAUGACCUCUCCACCUUCUUACAAAAUCGGUGACAAGGUAGCUACUCGGAAAGCGUGUGGUUUGGCUCUGGCUAAGCUGGGCCACGUGAAUGAUAGAGUCAUCGUGCUAGACAGUGACACCAAGAACUCCACCUUCUCCGAGAUAUUCAAGAAGGAGCACCCCGAGCGCUUCAUCGAGUGCUUUAUCGCUGAGCAAAACAUGGUGAGCGUGGCACUGGGGUGCACCACCUAUGAUCGGACCAUUGCUUUUGCUAGCACCUUCGCUGCCUUUCUGACUCGAGCGUUUGAUCAGAUCCGGAUAGGGGCCAUCUCUCGGUCCAACAUCAACCUUAUUGGCUCCCACUGCGGGAUAUCCAUCGGUGAAAACAGCCCCUCCCAGAUGGCCCUGGAGGAUCUGGCCAUGUUCCGUACCAUUCCCAACUGCACCAUUUUCUAUCCAAGUGAUGCCGUCUCGACAGAGCACGCAGUGUUCCUGGCGGCCAACACCAAGGGAGUGUGCUACAUUCGGACCAGCCGACCUGAAACUGCUGUUCUUUACACCCAACACGAAAGUUUUGCAAUUGGACAGGCCAAGGUCAUCCGCCACAGUGUUAAUGACAAAGUCACGGUUAUUGGAGCUGGAAUUACUCUGCAUGAAGUCUUAGCAGCUGCCGAGGAGCUUUCCAACCAAGGUGUUUCUAUCCGCGUCAUCGACCUGUUCACCGUGAAACCCCUGGAUUCUGCCACCAUCAUCGCCAACGCCAAAUACACUGGUGGCUACAUCAUCACCGUGGAGGAUCACCACCCAGAAGGUGGCAUCGGGGAGGCCGUGUGCGCAGCUGUUUCCAUGGAGCCUGGCAUCCGGGUCUGUCAGCUGGCAGUGCUAGGAAUGCCUCGGGGUGGGCAGUUAAAUGAGCUGCUGGAUAUGUUUGGAAUUAGUGCCAGACACAUUAUAAUGGCUGUGAAAUGUAUUUUAAUGAAGUAAAAUGGCGGUUGGCUUUGGUCUUAAAAGACCAGCCUCUUUACCGUACCUUUAUACUUGUUGCCAAACCAUCAUUUAAAUCUAUACUGUUUGUGCUUCUUAAAAGCAAACCAAGUUAACUACCUUCCUGUUAAGCCAUAACUACAUGUACAAGUAACUCUUAUCUUUUAGUCAUUAAAGUAGGUUAUAAGAUUUUAAGCAACAGAACAACUAACAAAACAACCACCUGAGAACAAGUUUUCUGAUGAGACUACAGAUAUCUGGGCUGGGAAUUCAACAUAGGGUAACAGUUUCUUAAAUGUGUAUGUCCUCGGAAGUACAGGCAAUGUGAACUGGAGGUUGCAGCCGCCUGGUGGCACAGCACUGUGGCACCGUGCUGCAUGCACACUGCGGUCCCGGGUGGGGAAUUUGUGUGUCACCAUCCUACCUGCAGCUUCCCGGGUACUGUGUGACUGCAGUUGCCCUGGGAUUUCCUGUGGUGGUCACCUUCCACUACCCUCCUACAGUGCAGAGGCUGUACAGCAGUGAAAGCUCUUUAGGAUGUCCUGUCCUGGUGACGAUUGUUCUGUGAAGAGAGGAUACAACUAGUUCUAGCCUCCACACCACACUUUUGUGAGAUCUCAGAAAUGUCUCCUUUGCCCAGUGACCAGACCGAACUGUUAGCUCGACUGUAGUUAUGUACUGAAGAUAUUAGUUAAUGUUCAUGUUAAUAAAGCAGUUUUA